AUUCGAACUCUACGUUGGUCCAGGGUUGAAAGGGAAAAGGUUACACAACUAAACAUGGCUGCUCCCCAAGAUGACAUGUUUUCUCUCUGCGUGGAUCCCGGCAAAGUUAGCAGUUGUGUGGAAGUCCGAUUUAUUGACAAGACCAAGGGGAAAGGCCUGUUUGCCAGGCGGAGCAUCAAGAAAGGAGACACUAUUUUUGUAGAACGUCCCGUUGUUUCAUCUCAGUUCCUGUGGAAUGCAUUAUAUAAAUAUAGAGCCUGUGAGUACUGCAUGCGUGCUCUGGAGGGAGCGGAGGAGAAUGCCAGGAGGCUCAGUGGGAAGCCGGGGCUCAGCCUGCCGUACCCGGAGCUGUGCCGGGUGCAGUCCGACCGCCAGCAGGCCUGCCCACACUGUCAGGUGAUGUACUGUAGCAGCGAGUGCAGGCAAGCUGCGGCCGACCAAUACCAUCGGGCUCUGUGUUUAGGACCCUCCCAUGAAGACCCAGACCAUCCGCUCAACAAACUUAAAGAUGCCUGGAGGAGUAUGCAUUACCCUCCUGAGUCCUCCAGCAUCACGUUAAUGGCCAGGAUGGUGGCCGUUGUCAAGCAGGCCAACGACAAAGGACGAUGGCAGAAGCUCUUCUCGCAGUUCUGCAGUCGCACUGCAAACGAGGAAGAGGAAAUCGCUCAUAAGCUCCUUGGGGAGAAGUUUAAAGGGCAGCUGGCGUUGCUUCAGGGCUUCUUUUCAGCGGCACUUUACGAAGAUCACCUCAGUCAAUGGUUUACCCCUGGGGGUUUCCGCUCCCUGUUCUCUCUGGUGGGGACCAAUGGACAGGGCAUCGGCACCAGCUCCCUGAGUCAAUGGGUUCACGCCUGUGAUGCACUUCAGCUUCCUGCCCAGCAGAGGGAGCAGUUGGACUCUUUUAUCGACCAGCUGUACAAGGAUAUCGAGAAAGAAACGGGAGAUUUUCUGAACUGUGAGGGGUCUGGGCUUUUCCUGCUUCAAAGCUCAUGUAACCACAGCUGCAUACCAAACGCAGAGGCCGCCUUCCCGGACAACAACUUCCUGCUUCACCUCAGUGCCCUUAGUGACGUCCAGCCCGGGGAGGAGAUCUGCAUCAGCUACCUGGACUGCUGUCAGCGCGACCGCAGCCGACACAGUAGACACAAAACUCUGAGGGAGAACUAUCUGUUCGUCUGCUCGUGCGCCAGGUGCACCUCCCAGGCCGACGAGGCUGACGUGACCUCGGAGGAGGAAGAGGAGGACGAGGCCGAAGGAGAGGCGGAGGGAGACGAGAUGGAAGACGAGAUGACGGAUGUCUGAUUCGGGAAUACUGUUCUAAAAGAUUAAAAAAGGAAAACAAAGGGAGCUGGAAGGAGAGACUUGACGCCCCCAUUGGGAAGCCCUUGUGUGACCGGCAUGAUGUUUAGCCACCAGAACCACACACCCACGCGCAGGCUUUGAGCCAAAGCCCAACCCUGACCUCGAUCUCCACAGCGCCACAUCUGUCACAGUUGGUUGUGUGAACAAUAAAACCAACAUUCAUACAAA